ACAAACACACGACAGUUAUUGCGAUUACGUCGAAUAUCCGACGAGCUCCCGGGGCACCAUACAGCUCAUCACGUGUAAAUGCCGCGUCAAUGGACAUAGUCCAUAAAUGGUCCAAUCGUUCCGCAUAUUGUAAUCAGUGAAGAGUUGAAAACCGCUGGGACGGAUUCGAAAUUUAGUCGCUGUGCCGAUUUGGGCAAGGGUGAACACGCUUAGUGGUCGAGCAGCUUCAGUAACAACAACAAGAAACACACGACGAGAAGUUUAUACCCGAUCCGAAAAUGAACGGUUCCAAAAUUGCCAGGCAUGGACGAUUGCUGUCUUACAAUGGGUUUGGAUUUUUUAAGCUUCCAGGACAAAUUGCCGCUCUGCGUCCGACUGUAAUCAGAAAUGCUUCUACUACCAGUGGACUAUGGUUACCAAAAAAUACGCAGGUGAAUCUGGAGAAGCGUACCCUACAACAGUUCACCGACAAGAAGCAGUCGACGUUUACUGAUCGCAGCCAGCUGAAAUAUGCGAGACGUCUCGUCGUCAAGUUGGGCAGCGCCGUCAUCACAAGAGAAGACGAGCACGGUCUUGCUCUUGGUAGGCUGGCAUCGAUCGUCGAACAGGUGGCUGAAGCACAAAACGAGGGAAGAGAAUGUAUUAUGGUGACGAGUGGAGCCGUAGCCUUCGGCAAGCAAAAGUUGACCCAGGAAUUGCUAAUGUCGCUCUCCAUGAGAGAAACUUUAUCCCCGACGGAUCACACGCGUGAGGAUGCGCCUGCUCUUGUUGAGCCACGUGCCGCCGCCGCCGUCGGUCAAUCUGGUCUCAUGUCUCUGUACGAUGCCAUGUUUUCGCAAUAUGGCGUCAAGAUUGCACAGGUACUUGUAACGAAGGCUGAUUUUUACAAUGAGCACACACGCAGCAAUCUGUUCAGUACGCUGAGCGAAUUGAUUAGUUUGAAUAUUGUGCCGAUUAUUAAUACGAAUGAUGCUGUCUCGCCUCCGCCACAAAUUGACGAACCAAUCGGUGGCAAGGGAUCCAAGAAGGGUAUCUCUUUGAAGGAUAAUGACAGUUUGGCUGCUAUGUUAGCUGCAGAGGUUAGCGCUGAUUUGCUUAUCCUUAUGUCUGACGUCGAUGGUAUCUACAACAAACCACCAUGGGAGGAAGGCGCGCGUUUCCUUCAUACCUUCACAUCAGACCUGCGUAAUACAAUCGAAUAUGGCAAGAAAUCGAAGGUUGGUACUGGUGGAAUGGACUCGAAGGUAAAUGCUGCCACCUGGGCUUUGGAUCGAGGAGUAUCCGUCGUUAUUUGCAACGGUAUGCAAGAGAAAGCCAUUAAGACCAUUUUGGCUGGUCGUAAAGUGGGAACUUUCUUCACUGAAACCAACCUGGGUGGCUCGAUUCCAACUGAAGUUGUUGCGGAAAACGCUCGCACGGGCGGUAGGAUACUAGCAACAUUAACCCCCGACCAACGCGCAAACUGUGUUCAUACAUUAGCCGACCUUCUAGUCUCGAGACAAUCAGAGAUUUUGGAUGCUAACGCGAAGGAUUUAGCCGAAGCAACCAAAUCCGGCCUCGCAAAGCCGCUUCUUUCCCGUCUAUCGUUAACUCCGGCAAAACUAAAGAAUUUGGCUGUGGGCCUUAAGCAAAUUGGCGAUUCUAGCCAUAACAACGUCGGGCGCGUCUUGCGCCGCACAAAAUUAGCCAACGGACUCGACCUUACCCAAAUCACUGUUCCCAUCGGAGUGCUUCUAGUUAUCUUUGAAUCGCGUCCGGACUCCCUUCCGCAAGUAGCCGCGCUCGCCAUUGCAUCCGGCAAUGGGCUGCUCCUUAAGGGUGGCAAAGAAGCAAUGCAUAGCAACCGUGCUCUCAUGGCCCUGGUGCAAGAAGCCAUCUCCACCGUGGGUGCAACCAACGCCAUUUCAUUGGUAUCCACCCGAGAAGAAAUCGGCGACCUCCUUUCCAUGGAGCAGCACAUCGAUCUCAUUAUCCCGCGUGGCUCCAGCGAACUCGUCCGCAGCAUCCAAACGCAAAGCCAACAUAUUCCCGUUAUGGGCCACGCCGAAGGCAUUUGCCAUGUGUACGUCGACAAGGAUGCCGAUCUUAAGAAAGCUAUAAAGAUCAUCCGCGACGCCAAAUGCGAUUACCCCGCGGCGUGCAACGCCAUGGAGACACUACUCAUCCACGAAAGCCUGAUGGAGGGUGAAUUCUUCUCCGAUGUGUGCAAUAUGCUUAAGAAGGAAGGUGUUACUAUCUACUCAGGCCCAACACUAAGCCAAAUGCUUACUUUCGGCCCACCGCCUGCCAAAACAAUGAAACACGAAUAUGGCGCGCUCGAGUGUUGCAUCGAAGUGAUCAAGGAUAUGAACGAGGCCAUUGAUCAUAUUCACGCGUAUGGUAGUGGACAUACAGAUGUCAUUGUCACCGAAAACACUGAUAAGGCACGUGACUUCCAGCGUAAGGUCGACAGUGCAUGCGUCUUCCACAAUGCUAGCUCUCGCUUCGCCGAUGGCUUCCGCUUCGGUUUGGGUGCUGAAGUGGGCAUCAGUACGGCUAGGAUUCACGCCAGAGGCCCUGUUGGCGUUGAGGGAUUGUUGACCACCAAAUGGGUACUCACAUCCGAGGCUGGACAUGCCGCCGCUGAUUUCGCCGACGGCGGCGACUGCACAUGGCUGCACGAGCAGAUGCCAAUUAAUUAAAUCUAGUUGAAGAUACAAACCGCGUCGAUUAUUUAAUUACAUUCGUUUUUUUUUACUUUUAUUUUAAUUUCUUAUUUUGUUUUAUAUUUUUAUUAGUUUAAUUUAUCAAACACGCUUGAUAGGGAAAGCCAAAUGAAUAUGUAAAUAUUUGAGUCAUUGUCUCUUUAAUAAACUAUUAUAUAAUAAACUAAAUAAUAACUAAACAUUAAA